AUGCCGAGCCAAACCGACGGCAAGAAGAAGCCGCCUACGGCGGCCGUCAACCUGAUCGCUGGUGGCUCUGCCGGCAUGAUGGAGGCCCUCGUCUGCCAUCCCCUCGAUACCAUCAAGGUCCGCAUGCAGCUCUCGCGCCGCGCGCGCGCCCCCGGUGCCCCCCGCCGCGGCUUCGUCCGCACCGGCAUCGAGAUUGUGCAGAAGGAGACGCCCCUGGCCCUCUACAAGGGUCUCGGCGCCGUCCUGACGGGCAUCGUGCCCAAGAUGGCCAUCCGCUUCACCUCGUUUGAGUGGUACAAGCAGGCGCUCGGCGACAAGACGACGGGCCACGUCUCGGGCCAGGGCAUCUUCCUUGCCGGCCUCGCCGCGGGCGUCACCGAGGCCGUCGCCGUCGUCACGCCCAUGGAGGUCAUCAAGAUCCGCCUGCAGGCGCAGAGCCACUCCAUGGCCGACCCGCUCGACGUGCCCAAGUACCGCAACGCCGCGCACGCGCUCUACACCGUCGUCAAGGAGGAGGGCUUCGGCGCGCUGUACCGCGGCGUCUCCCUGACGGCGCUGCGCCAGGGCACCAACCAGGCCGUCAACUUCACCGCCUACUCGUACUUUAAGCGCUGGCUCAUCGACUUCCAGCCCGAGUUCGAGGGCAAGAACCUCCCCAGCUGGCAGACGACCGUCAUCGGCCUCGUCUCGGGCGCCAUGGGCCCGCUGAGCAACGCCCCCAUCGACACCAUCAAGACGCGCCUGCAAAAGGCCCCCGCGCGGCCCGGCGUCAGCGCCUGGCUCCGCAUCACCCAGAUCGCCGCCGACAUGUUCAAGCAGGAGGGCUUCCACGCCUUCUACAAGGGCAUCACCCCGCGCAUCAUGCGUGUCGCCCCCGGCCAGGCCGUCACUUUUACCGUCUACGAGUUCCUGAGGGAGCGCCUCGAGAAGAGCAACCUGGCCUUUGUCGGUGGCACCUUUGAGGAGUAG